AUGGCCGAUUCCGCGGCCGAUUUCCCCUCCAUUGAGGUGCAAAACCUCUCCUAUAAAUUCCAAGAUGGCUCAAACGGGCUGGAAAAUGUCAUUUUAAGCCUUCCACCAGGCAGUCGGACACUCCUGAUAGGUGCGAACGGAGCGGGAAAAACCACCCUGCUUCGUCUGGUCUCGGGUAAACGCCUGGCACCCAACAACACCAUCACGGUGGGCGGCAAGGAUCCAUUCAAAGACGGCCUCGACGGUGUAACCUACCUCGGUGUAGAAUGGGUGCUGAACGCCAUUGUUCGCACCGACAUUGAUGUCCCCACGUUGCUCGCCUCCGUGGGCGGAAAUGCCUAUCCGGAGCGACGUGACGAGCUUGUUGAUAUCCUCGACAUUGAUGUCCGCUGGCGCAUGCAUGCCGUUUCAGAUGGUGAGCGCCGCCGCGUCCAGUUGGCCAUGGGUCUGUUGCGACCUUGGAAGGUUCUCCUUUUGGACGAGAUCACCGUUGACCUCGAUUUGCUUUCCCGGAGCAACUUCCUCGCUUUUCUGAAGCGCGAGACCGAGACGAGAGCUUGUACUAUUGUCUAUGCUACCCAUAUUCUGGAUAAUCUUGCCCAGUGGCCUACUCACUUGGUGCACAUGCAUCUGGGUAAAGUUAAGGCCUUCGGCACAGUGGAGAAGUUCCAUGAUCAAGUUCCAGAGUGGACCUCUGAGAACAGUCGUCUUGGUGAAUUAGUUCUCAAGUGGCUUAAGGAAGAUCUUGCUGUUCGGGGACCUCGUAAUGGCGGGUCGAACCAGGCCAAAACCUAUGAUGCGGGCGGCAUCGGAGGUUACGGUUAUGAAAAGCACGACUAA